UCUCUCUCCCUCGUGCUCGCGCUCUCUCUCUCUCGCGCUCUCUGUAGUGAACCGUUAGGGGCGGUGAUGAUGAUGGUCGUUCAGAACUUCUGACAACCAUCAACUACGGGUCUCUGGUUCCGCUGUUCUUAUUAUUUUUAUGUUUGGAGUGAAUUGUUUUCCGUAUCCUGAGGCAUGGCAGCAAAGGAGGAUCUUUAUUCCAAAAUUAUUCCUCGCAAGCUUCGGGCAAACCGAACCAGUACAGUUAAACAAGGCUCACAUUCGGAUGUGCUUGUUUCUAUGGGCUUCCCUCACACCAGAGCACUGAAAGCGCUGGUUUCUACAGGUGGCAGGAGUGUGCAGCUUGCUUGUGACUGGCUUUUCUCUCAUGUAGAUGACCCGUUUCUGGACGACGGCUUACCUAGAGAGUAUGUGCUGUACCUGCGACCCAGUGGCCCACUUCAGAACCAGCUCGCCCACUUCUGGCAACAGUCGAGACUCAUGUGCGGCAAGAACAAAGCCCACAACAUCUUUCCCCACAUCACACUCUGCCAGUUCUUCAUGUGUGCAGACAGUAAGGUGGAGGCUCUUUGUGCGGCUUUGCAGUCCACAGUCAGUCAGUGGAGAGGUCGCUUUCCCAGCCCAUUACCUCUGGUGCUCUACACUUCGGCUAACUUCAUCGGUCUCUUCAUUGAGGAGAAGGUGGCCGAGACACUGAAAAAAUUUGCUGCAGACUUUGCUGCCGAAGCUGCCGCUAAAGCAGACGUUCAUGUGGAGCCACAGAAGAAGCAACUGCAUGUGACUCUAGCCUACAACUUUCCGAGCAGAUAUUUUGCCUCCCUGGAGAAACUGGCGAAAGGAAUUGAGGUCAAACUCAGCUGUGACUGGCUCGCUGUUCUCUUCUCACGAGACAUCAGAUUUGCAAAUCAUGAGACCCUGAAGGUGAUGUACCCGUAUGUUCCUCAGAAUGAAGAUGAGCUGGACCUGGUACCAGGCGACUUUAUCUUCACAUCUUCAGUUGAACAGAUGAGCACCAGUGAAGGCUGGGUGUAUGGAACCUCUCUGAGCACUGGGCUUUCUGGACUGUUGCCUGAAAAUUAUGUUAAUCAGGCUGAUGAGUGUGACACAUGGGUCUUUCAUGGGUCACAUUCGUUUUUCAGUACCUCACCUUCAGAGAAGAGCAACAAGGAGACCAAAACGGGGGACGAGCUGCUCAGCAUUCAUUGUAUCGAUAACUCAAAACCAGCAGACUCAUCCAUUAUGAGUGUUAUCUGCCAACCUAUGCAGGUACUCAGAGUUAACAGUCACUCUCGGGCUCUUCAGAGAACUUUGUUCGUGUGUCGCCAUGGAGAAAGGAUGGAUGUGGUAUUUGGGAAACACUGGCUCUCUCAGUGCUCUGAUGGAAAAGGCAAGUAUGUAAGAACUAACCUGAACAUGCCUGCUGUCCUUCCUGCUUGGGGUGGCCACACAGACUAUACCAUGGAUGCUCCCAUCACAGUAUUUGGGGCGGCACAGGCCAGGACUGUGGGUGAGGCGUUACUAGAGAGCAAUACUACUAUUGACUUUGUGUACAGCUCACCUAGUCUUCGCUGUGUCCAAACCGCCCACGAGAUUCUAAAAGGUAUGCAGCAGGAUGGAAAGGUUAAAAUCAGAGUGGAACCAGGCCUGUUUGAGUGGACUAAAUGGGUCUCUGGAAACUCUUUACCUGCAUGGAUAUCACCCAUAGCUCUUGCUGCAGCCAACCUUAGUGUGGACACGACGUACAGACCUCACAUACCCAUUACUAAACUGAGUGUGUCCGAGUCCUGUGACACCUACAUGAGUCGCAGCUACAGAGUGACCAAAGACAUCCUGGCAGGAUGCAAAAAUAAAGGAAACAAUCUCCUUAUCGUGGCCCAUGCUUCCUCUCUUGAGGCCUGCACCAACCAGCUCCGAGGCCAUACCCCAAACAACACCAAAGACUUCAUCCAGAUUGUUAGGAAGAUUCCAUACCUGGGUCUGUGUGCAUGUGAGGAGCAGGAGACAGGUGUAUGGAAGCUGGUGGACCCACCAAUCCUUCCUCUCACACAUGGACCCAAUCACAGCUUCAGCUGGAGAGAGACCCUACAGCAUUAAUGACACUGAUCUGUCCACUCUGUCAACAACUCUGGCAGACCGUACAUUCUGCUGUCUAACAUGACGUGUUCUAGAGGAGAGCUACAACGCUAGCCAAAUUAAGUGUGCCUAAACACUAGGCAUUACAGUCAAGUUUUCUGGCACAUAUGUGAUGGACUGAUCCUGUUAUAAGCUUCACUUAGUCUCAGGACAUUCGUGACUUGUAAUAAAUAAUAAACACAUAAGAUAAAUGGCACAAAAUCCAGAAAUAACUAAACUGCAGCAUAAAUCUGUUAAAAACAGCAUUCUUUAUGAGAAGCCUUCCUUGAUAGAUUGAAGAUUACUGACAGUAAAUUUUGUAGCAUAUAUAUUUUUAAGUGCCACAAAGGAUUUUGCCACUGCUUUAAUAUUUAACAUUUGUUGCAAAUAAAGACAGUUUGUUUACUGGUU